AUGAAAUAUAAUUUAUUAAAUAAUAUAAAAAUUAAUAAUAAGAAAUUAAAGUUAAAAUUAAUUUUAAUAAUAAUUCUUAUAAAAAGAUUAAAUAAUAUAAAUCAACAUAAUAUUUAUAAAAAUAGAUAUUAUAAUAAAAAUAAUAAUUUACAAUAUUUAAAUAAAUUAAAUCUUUAUAAUAAUAAAAUAUAUUAUUUUAAUAAACAAUUAAUAAAUAAUAUAUUAAUUAUUGAUAAUCUAUUUAAUAAUUUAUUAAAGAAAAUAAUAAUAUCUAAUAAUAUUUUAAUAACUAAUUUAAAAUUUGAACAUAGACUAAAUAGUAUUCAUAUUAAAUAUUAUUUUUAUAAUUAUAUAAAUAUUAAUAAUGAUGAAUUAAGUAAAUUAUAUAAUAAUUAUAUAAUAAGUAUUAAUAAUCAAAUAAUUAAUUUAUUAAAUAAUGAUAAUAAUAGUUUAAAUAAUUUAAUACUUAAAUAUUAUAAUAAAAAAGUUUAUAUUAAUCUUUAUAAAUUAAAUUAUAUAUAUUUAGAUCUAGAAUUAUUAAGUCAACUAUUAACUAAUAUCUAUAAUAAUAAUGGUUUAUCAUUAAAAUCAUUAAAGAUAAUUAUUAAUAAAUUACCAUUUAAUAAUGAUAUAUUAUUAUCAAAAAAUUAUGUUAAUAAAAUAAAUAAAUAUAAUUUACUAAUUAAUAAUAAUUUAAAUAAUAAUAAAAAAGAUUUAAUUAAUUUAUAUACUUUAGAUAAUAAAUUAUUAGAUUUAAGUAUUCUUAAUAAUAUAUUAUUAGGUAAAUAUUUAGUAGGUAGUAAUAUCCAAUUAAAGGGUAGACUAUUAAAUAGAAAUAUUACUAGACUAAUAAAAAUAAAUAUUAUGAAAGGUACAUUUAAUAAUUAUAUAUAUCAAUGAAGUAAAUUAAAUAAUUUAUAUAAAUUAAAUUAUAUAUCACUUAAUAUUAAUAAACUUAAUAAUCUAUUUAUUAAUAAAAAUGGUAUAUUUAAUAUUAAAAUUAAAUUAAAUACUAUUUAA